GGAUGAUCAAUUAAUCGUUGGGGGUUAUUUAUAUGGACCUUGAGAGUCGUUGGACUACGAGUGAGGUACAUGUUGAAUGGAAUUAUAAGGUCCAUCAACUUACAAUUCUGUCAUCUGGAAAUUGCUAAUUGAAGAACAAAGGUUAUAAGUGGUGCGCUUCUUGAGUUGUCCGUUACACUAGCAGUUGUGACUAAAUGUAAUUAAACUUGUAAGUGUAAUCAUGCCGUUUCCAGACUGGUCAUAAAUUCCAGAGUUUGCUUUCACUGUAUGAUAGAUGCACCCUUCCCGUCAGUGCGUACAGAUCCCACCACACAUACACUGGGUAGCGUGACCAUUAAAGAACUCGAUAUCUUUGGUCUACUAAAUAAGCUUGACAUAGGUAAAUCCACGGGGCCCGAUGAAUUGCAUCCUAGGCUACUGAAGGAAUUAUCUAACUUCGUUGCGAACCCUUUAAGUAUAUGCUUUAACCUGUCCGUAACGCAGGAUCGUUUACCAAAAGACUGGAAAAACGCCACAGUAAGUCCUGUAUUCGAAACAGGUACGAAACACAAACCUGAGAACUACCGCCCCGUUAGCCUAACUAGUGUGGUUGUUAAAAUCUUAGAAAAGAUUAUUUGGAAGGAGCUGUUUAAGUACCUCGAUGAAAACCGGAUCCUUUCGGAGAAGCAGCACGGUUUCAGAAUAGGGUAGGACUCUAAUUUAUGGACGAGCCAAUCAGAAGCGUUUAGGGAAUUUCAAGGUCACGGCGCUAAGUUCAGUGCGAGAUGCUCACAUUCGAUCGCUUUACGGCAGAUUUUAGAGAAUAGGUGAUCGUUGAGAGACUACAGCAGAUGGGACUAUUAAGAAGUUCCUGUGUCUGUGACUGCGGCAAUUAAAUGACCGCAGCACGGUGUGCAGACUGUCGCGAUGACAUUGUAUUUCGUUGUACUAUAUGUUGUAGAAAAAAAUCUGCUCGAACUGGCACUUUUUUUGCCCGGUCACGGCUAAGGCUAAGACAAACCAUGAUAAUCGUUGCAAAUUGGAUCAUAAAGUCUCCAGUAACAUUAGCUGCGGCUAUACCGAUGAUUGGAAAGCGUAUAGAUGCCUCUCGAGACUUGGUUUUGUGCAUCAUGUGGUGGUGCACAAACGUCAUUUCUUUGAUCCAACGACGGGGGGCCCAUACAAACAACAUUGAGGGCAUGUGGUCUAGGCUGAAGUAUUUUUUAAGACCCUACCACGGCUCCAGAGGACGAUUAUCAUGGAGUCAUAUGGACGAGUUCUUAUACCGCAUGCACUAUGAUUUCAAAACUUCUGAACCUAUAUCAAACCUCAACAAGUUCUUAAAUAAUGUAAAAGAAGAAUAUCCAUUGUAAUUCAUCCCUUUUUCAUUAUAUAUUUUCACUUCAUACUAACUCUCUUCUGAUUGGCUAAUGUCCUCAAGGUCACUUAAAAAUUCGUUCAAAGGUCGUCCAUAAAGUAGAGUUUCACCCAGAAUAGGUUACUCUUGUCUCACUAACUUAUUAGUGGCUCGUGAAAGUUGGUGCACUCCUAAGGACCAAAAGUUACCUGUAGACGUAGCCUUCAUUGAUUUCAGCAAAGCUUUUGACAAAGUUCCGCACAACCGGCUGUUAUAUAAGUUAAGAAAUGUCGGGAUUGGAGGCAAUCUAUUAAUGUGAAUAAAAGACUUCUUAGUUGGGCGUCAACAAAGAGUACGGGUGAACUCAAAGUUAUCUAGCUGGGGAACUGUGCUUAGUGGAGUGCCCCAGGGUACAGUUUUGGAGCCAGUGCUAUUCCUCUUGUAUGUAAAUGACCUUCCUCGUCUCUUAUCAUCAUCGGUCUUGCUAUAUGCUGACAAUGUCAAGAUAUAGAGAACGAUACGAAGUAAGGGUGAUAGCUUCGAACAGUGAGCUUCUGGAAAAGGUUCAGAGAAAAGCAACUAAACUGAUUCACGGAAUAACGAAGCUUCCGUACGAUGCUCGACUGGCCAAGCUAAACCUUUUCCCGUUGUCAUAUCGUAGAACUAGAGGCGACUUGAUUACAGUUUUCAAAUUGCUUAGUGAUAAAUUUGCACCUGAUAUGCCCUCAUUUUUCUUGUCUCCCAAAACAGAGAAUUUACGAGGACACUCCAAAAAAGUUCACAAGCCCAGAACAAAUUACUUGUCAGCUGACUAUCGACUUUCCCAUCGAAUCAUCAACGAGUGGAAUUCAUUACCUCAGCACGUGGUUGAGGCUCCAUCCGUCGACUCUUUCAAAAGAAAGUUGGAUCAACUGAGAGACCAGCAUUGUCAGGACUAACACAGGCCAUCAAGCCUCCUGUCCUUCCCAAACUGAAACUGAAUAAAAAUCUCGUCGUCCUCGUAAUAUUUGGUGCAUAGUUUUCUCUAUACACGCGUAUAGAGAGUUCUAGGGAAAUAUUGGGUAAAAUCGAAACAUUUUAGGGUUUUUGUGUCAUUUCCCCAAGAUUUUCUAUAGCGGCCUCCUCAAAACGGAUAAACCAGAGCUCCCAAUUUUGGGGAAAAUUUGUCCCAUUUUGGGGAGGCUUUGGCGAAAUGGCACAAAAACCCCGAAAUUUCCCCAAAGUUGGGAGCUUGGGGGGUAAGAUGUGGGUUCGGGAUAUUAGAAUUCAGAAAUACACUGACGGUUAGAACUUUUUAGAAUUCGACACGGAACUUAAAAGAAGUAUUGUGUUAAUGUACGUAUGUAUGUUAAUUUACGGGUCUACUAGAAUAUGCCAACUUAUCAAGUCAUAUACGGAACUUAGGUUUUAGCAAGUGUUUAAAAUCAUGCUAAACAGCGAAAAUUUAAUUAUAUUAAGGGCUCUGAAUUCGUUGUGUAAUCAAGUCCGUAGUUAUAAACGGGUAUUUCCCAUUUUCGUGAGCUAGCAAGUCUAGUUUUCAAGACUGACUAGUUGCUCUGCUCAGCACUGAUCGAGAAUGUAUACAUACCAUAACUACGCGUGUGGAUCUGUUGCUUGAAGACGAUUCGAAAUCGUUUGCAAUGGUGCAGGUUCAUCCAUUAUUUCUCUUCCUUCAAAUUCUAAGCUUCUGAAGUCCUUAUAAUUUUUUGUUUCACCAAUUUGAAAUUUUUUUCUUGGAUUGUAUUCUGGUUGCCUAACCCUUUCCUUCAUCACUAAUGAUGCCUUAGUACGGCCGAGAGUGAGGAAAGUCCUCUCUCCCUCUCGAAAUGCAUUCACAUGGCCACGCGUAUACAGCCUCCGCCAGGGAAGUCCUACUCACUGCCUUCUCGUGGCAUUACUGUUGUUUACGAAAAAAAGAAGACGAAAAGCGGAUGUCCGGCGCUUUAGCCGGAUUCCAGACCAAUGGUGCACAUGGGCUCCAGUAUCCUGAAGGAACAAACGGCGUAUGAACCAAUUGUUGGUCACCGGCUACCAUGGGACUGCAUCCCCUUACGAUGCUCCACUGCCUUGUGGAUCAGACCUUUAGGUCGAAGGCUCGGGGAGUGGCCCUCUAAGAAAACCACCUGCUUCGGUUUGGGCACCCGGGCAGUAUCACAGCCCUCACACAAAUCAAAUGAGAUUUGUUUGGCGCGUAUGUAUUUGGUGCCUCCUUGUGCCAAUAUCUAUGUGUUAAAAUAAAUAAAUAAUGAUAAUACUACCUAUACUACUCUAGGAUUUGUCCUAACAGUUUCAUCUCUAUGUACUAAUGGGAUGGUGUAACCUAAACUGUGUACAUGGGUGCCAGAUUGCAAGUUACGUAUGGCUGAGUGACUUUAAUUUACUGUUCUUUCCAGGAGGUACCAUGCAGACUGUAUUCAUGGUUGCUGAGAAACCAUCACUAGCUGAAUCAAUAGCGAAAUCCUUAUCUAAUAAGCGUAAUUCAAGUCGACGUGGAUUCAAUGGAGCAUGUUCUAUUCAUGAAUGGACUGGUCAAUUUAUGAGUGAACAAGUUCGCUUUAAAAUGACGUCAGUGUGUGGUCACGUAAUGAAUGUCGAUUUCUUAAGUCGUUAUAAUAGUUGGGAUAAAGUAGAUCCUGCUGAGCUGUUUGUUGCCCCGAUUGAGAAAAAGGAAGCUAACCCCAAAUUGAAAAUGGUGGAUUUUCUUCGCCACGAGGCGAAAAAUGCUGGUAUAUUAAUUCUUUGGCUGGAUUGUGACAAAGAGGGUGAAAAUAUCUGUUUUGAAGUUAUCAAUUGUGUUCAUUCAGUUAUGGUACACCCCAAAAGAAUUCUACGUGCACAUUUCAGUGCUGUUACUGACCAAGAACUACAUGGUGCUAUGAAAAAUCUUAGAGAACCUAAUAAACACGAAGCAUUGUCAGUAGAUGCUAGGCAAGAACUUGAUCUUCGAAUCGGUUGUGCGUUCACUAGGUUCCAAACGAAAUUUUUUCAGUUUCAUUCUGUUUAAGGGGAAGUAUGGUGAUCUAAACAGCAAUCUUGUGUCGUUUGGACCUUGUCAAACACCUACACUUGGAUUUUGCGUAAAACGACACGAUCAAAUCCAAUCAUUUAAACCAGAAACAUUUUGGCGGAUAAAGGUCUCGGGUGUAGAUGAUACCGGGGGUGUAUUAGAAAUGUCAUGGAAUCGUGAUCGUAUCUUUGAUAAAGAAGCUGCUUCAGUAUUUUUAGGUCGAGUCAAGUCUUCCAAAACAGCAGAAGUCGUCCAGGUAUCUGUCAAACAUAAAAUUAAACCACGUCCACAAGGUUUGAAUACAGUAGAAAUGUUACGAGUUGCCAGUGCUGGUUUAGGUAUUGGACCACAUAGUGCAAUGGCUAUUGCGGAACGAUUGUAUACAUCUGGUUACAUAAACUAUCCACGUACUGAGACAACAGCUUAUCCAAACACAUUUGAUUUACGUGGAUUACUACAGCAGCAGGUGAAUAAUCCAGUUUGGGGAGAUCUAGCUCGUGAAAUUCUAAAAAGUGGGUUAACUCCACCUCGUGCUGGUCAUGAUGCAGGUGACCAUCCUCCUAUUGCUCCUAUGCGUUUUGCGUCUUCCCAAGAACUGGGACAUGAAGCAUAUCGAUUGUAUGAGUACAUUACACAACAUUUUAUCGCUACUAUUAUGCCCGAUUGUUGUUAUGAACAAACACAAGUGACCGUAUCCGUUGGUGAUGGUGAAUUGUUUACAAUAAGUGGAUUAAAAGUAGUUGACCCUGGUUUUACACGAAUAUUAACUUGGCAAGCAAUAGAAGAUAAAUCGUUGCCUAUAACACUUCUUAAUCAAGGCUAUCAAUUCAAUUUACUUGAAGAACCAAGUUUAGUUGAAGGACAAACUGGUCCACCAGACUAUUUAACUGAGGCUGAAUUAAUUACGGCUAUGGAACGUCAUGGGAUUGGAACUGAUGCAUCAAUCCCAACACAUAUAGAAAAUAUCGUUCAAAGAGGUUAUGUUCAACUUCUUUCGGGGCGAAAACUACAACCUACACCAUUAGGGAUUGUACUUGUUCAUGGUUAUCAAACAAUCGAUGCCGAACUUGUCCUACCACAUAUGCGUAGAGCUGUUGAAGAACAAUUAAAUCAUAUUGCUCGUGGUCAUGCUAAAUAUGAUUUAGUAUUACAAUUUGUUUUAGCUAUUUUUGCCGCAAAAUAUCGUUAUUUUGUUGAACAUAUCAAUGGUAUGGAUCAAUUGUUUGAAGUUUCAUUCACUACUCUAGCUAGUUCAGGUAAACCUUUAUCCAGAUGUGGAAAAUGUCAUCGAUACUUAAAGUUUAUAGAUUCUCGACCACAACGACUUCAUUGUUCAAUUUGUAAUGAAACAUAUACAUUACCACAGAAUGGUACAAUUCGACCCUAUAAAACCGAAAAGUGUCCUUUAGAUAAAUUUGAACUACUAUGCUAUACUCAGGGCGGUAAAGGAAGAAAUAUGGUUUUUUGUCCAUAUUGUUUUUCUCAUCCACCAUUUGAAUCAAUGCCAAAAUUAUCCGGUUGUAAUAGAUGCCCUCAUCCAACAUGUCCACAAUCAAUGGAAUCAUUAGGAGUUGAUGCAUGUCCUGAUUGUCCAUAUGGUAUACUAGUUUUAGAUGAUUCUAAUGCACCAAAAUAUCGUUUAAAUUGUAAUAGAUGUCCAACAUUCCUGUCUAUUUCUGACGCUGUAAAAAGUAUGUCUGUCAAAAAUGUUAGUUGUUCAGUAUGUACAGCUAUGCAUCUUAACUUGAGAUUUGAUCCGGGUAAAGUCCCUAAUUCAAGCGAAGAUAAUUCUGAAAAAAUUAGCACUACAUUCUCUGGAUGUGCAUUCUGUACAGAAUCAUUAUGUUCAUUAUUCACUAUUGUAAGAAAAAAGGAAGCACCGAAUAAUCCUACUGUCAAUUUACGUGGUUCACGCCAUCAUUCUGGAACCCAUCAACGAGGUGGUCGACGAGGGCGGAGUUUUCGAUAAAAUUUACAGACUAUGAACUAUAUUGAUGUCUGCUAACUGAUACUUAUGAACGUAAUUCGUGUACAUUGAUAGUUGUGAUCAUAUUACACUGUACAUAGUUAUCGUCUUUGUUAAUAUAAAUAUAUACAUAUACUAAAGCAGUUAAUAAUUUUAAUAUUGUAAAAAGAACAGAUGUAAAUAAGCUGUCAAGAUACAUUCAGAAGCUGAUAUAAAUAAACAAGCUAAAUAGUCUAUGCCUACACCUCUAAGGUUCAUUUAAAUUCCGAAUAACUUCUCAAACAUAAUUUAUUAACCACAUAAAUGGAUUAUUUUUUAUAUUAGUUUUAUGUUUAAAAUACACAA